GUGAUGAUGUGGCACAAAGCAGUUUUUUUUAAAUUUUACUGGCAAAUCAGAAGAGGGGCCAAGGCUAUUAUUUUGUGUUGCCUUCCCACAAGGCGCCUUACCACAAAAUAUGGCUUAGACAGACCUUUUGUUCCUCCAGCUGGGGUAGGCUAUGUCUCAGAUGAUUUCACGAGCACAAGAACUUGCUGCCCUCUACAACUUGAACUUCUCAGACUUCCAAAGAGUAAGUUUUCUUGGUCACAACAUACAGAUUUAAAUAUGGGGAUUCUGAGCCAGCUAUUGAUCCUUUACCUCCUCCGGGCUGCUUUGGUCGUUUGUCAAUAUGAAGACUAUGAUUUUGAGGAUGAAUAUGGUGGGGAGCCGGAUCAUCAACUUCCAUAUUCUUUUAACCCAAACACCCAAGUUGAAGUUCCUCAUUUUCCUUUCCCAGCUGAGUGUGCCAAAGAAUGCUUCUGUCCACCAGCUUUUCCCUUAUCCAUGUACUGUGAUCACCGGAAACUCAAGACAAUACCAAACAUCCCCAGUCAUGUCCAACAACUUUAUCUGCAAAACAAUGACAUUGAAGCUGUGCCUACAGGACCAUUCACUAAUGUUACCUUCCUAAGGGAAAUUAACCUCAGCUACAACAAAAUUAAAUUCCGUAUGAUUGACCAUGGUGUUUUUGCCAAACUUUCAAACUUAGUGCAACUGCAUUUACAGCAUAAUGAAUUAGAAGAAUUUCCAUUCCCACUGCCCAGCUCUCUAGAGAGACUCCUCCUUGGUUUCAAUAGAAUUUCCCGGUUACCUGGAAAUGCAUUGGAAGGACUGCCUAACAUGACCGUGCUUGACCUUUGCAAUAACUUACUUGAUGACUCAGUAUUCAAAGAAAAGCCCUUUUCAAACAUGAAAAAUUUAAUGCAGCUCAAUUUAUGCAACAACAGAUUACAUACAAUGCCUCCUGACCUGCCAUCAUCUCUUCGGCAUCUUUCUCUUGAAAAUAACUCCAUAUCACAUAUCCCAGAAAACUAUUUCAAAAGACUUCCCCAAAUCAUUGCUCUAAGAAUGUCCCACAAUAACCUGCAGAACAUUCCACGCAACACCUUUAAUCUACCCAACCUUCUAGAACUUAAUCUUGGACAUAACAAAUUGAAACAAGUGUUCUAUAUUCCGAGAAGUUUGCAGCAUUUGUACAUUGAAGACAAUGAAAUUGAAAACAUCAAUGUUACUGUGAUGUGUCCAACUCUGGACCCACUGAACAUCAAUCAGUUAACCUACAUACGGGUGGACCAGAACAAGCUCACGAGCCCCAUUAGCACCUACGCCUUCUUCUGCUUCCCUCUCAUCAGAACCAUUUAUUAUGGAGAGCAAAAUGUCACUGUCAACAGGCCAACUCAGCUCAGAACACCGGUGUUUCGGCGGUUUCUAACACCAGAGGAAUUCCAGGAAGCAGAAGACAAUCAUGAAACACUCAAUCAAGAAACCGAAGAAGAUCAUGAAGAAGAAGACAGCUAUUUUCAUCCUUACUAUCACUGAAGUAAUCAUUGGUAAUAAGUGUAUAUGGAAACUUUUCAUUAGCAUGGGUUAUUCAUAUCUAUCCUAGAACAACUGGACAGUUUGGGGUAUUCAAGACACACCUGUAGACUGGAGACAGGAUUUUAAAGUAGGUAAAAGUCCUAUUAUUGGUGUAGUAAAAAACAAUACUAGGAACAAACAGCACUCACACGAGCAUUAGAUAAAAGCCUGACACAUAACCUGGGUUGAUGAUGGGCUCACUUUUGGGUGAGCAGCUGAAGCCAAAGAAAAUUGACCUGAAAAGCUUCUGUGUUCUAAAGUGACCCAGCUGCAAAAUGACUAAGAUACAAAUCAGUGCCAUAUUCAAUAGGAAUGAGUGAUUAAGGCCAAAAAUCCAUUCAGCUCUACAUCCUACUGCUGACAGCAGAAGCAAAGAGACACAGCAGAGAAAAGGACAAGAGAGUAAGAUUACAAAAUACUUCCACAAGGUUCCUCCACAUCUCCCAGAAAUACAAAUACUACUUCUUCCAAUUUCUAACUGGACAAGGACAUCACAAAUAAGGAGAUUCAAACCUUCCCCAUACUAUGUUUCAAGUGUCCUGACAAGCUGUAUUACAACAUUCACUUCUUUGGCUGUCCUUUAACUAUCACAAUCUUUCAAAUGAGAUUUCAGCUUCUUACUACUAACACAGGCAAUAAACAAUCUUUGACCAAGCUGCUGGGACCUAGGUAAAAAGCAUGUGCACUAACACAACUGAACCAUUAGCAUUUAUAUUUUCCCUGUGCUUCAGCCCAUGUUAUUUUAGAAGACACGUAGAAAUGUAAUGUAAUCUUUUCAUUUAGAAUUAUUCAUCAAGUAGAACAGGAGCAAAGAGAAGCAUUGCAGGUUUUUUUAACUAUUAAUUCAGACUCUCCCUCUGCACAGCUAAUAUCAAUCACCUGUAUUCUGCUUCAAAGUAGAAUCAACAUUGCUUUAAGUAACCUGAAGAAAACUUUGAGCUAUGCAAAUUGUUGUUAUAUCUUAUGCCUAGAAACACAUCCAGAUAACUACAGGGGAAGAUAACACUAUAGAGCACUUCAUUGCUUUUUUUAAUCACUUCUUUAUUUUCAGCACUUUUUCCCUGAUAGAGCUUUACUAGCUGAGAGGGAAAAAAAAAAUCCUCAGUUUCAACAGCAAAAUGAAAUGUUUGCAAGUAAUAAACCCAUACAUCAUAUUAUCAACUUUGCAUAAUUUUAUGUAGUCUUUUUAGUUGUCCUACACUUAAAGUACAAUGUAAUCUGAUUUCUAUUAGAAUUUGAGAAGUCAGGCAGGUUUCAUUUUUUCUCUUAGAAUUUCAGUUAUUUUUUAAGCCCAUCUUCAUAUUUAUGGUUUCUGAUGUAUCAACUGAAAUAUUAAGAAAAUGAAAAUACUUAAUGACCUUUUUAAGAGAAAGAUUUAUUGCAAAGUUACGAAUAUAAACUUUAAGAAUAUAUAUAGUCUUUAAGGACAGCUGGUUGUAAGAAUUUAUGGGUACAAAAUUUAUUCUGUCGUUAUUAAGUUGUGGAUCUUCAGCCAAGUAACACGAGAAAUCUGUUCCUCUCUCCUUCCCCUUUUUCUUACCUGCAUUCUGAACAGAUACAGUAUUCAUAGCAAAAUAUUUUAUGGUCACCCCACAAAUUCACAGCACUACAGAAUUUGUCAUCUUCUUUUUACAAAAAAAAUUAACAUUUAUCACCCUGAAACAUUUCUGGGUUUAUGAAUAAGGAACAAACAUGCAUGUGUUCUUUUCUUCUUUUAAGUACUCAGUAUCAUUUAUGUACAGUAUAUACAGAAUUUAGAUAUAUCUAUGACUUUAUAGCUUUAUUAAUAUAUACAUGUAGUAUAUUAACCUUAGGGAACCUUUCAACUAUUUCAGAUUUUAAGUGACUUGACUGGUGCACAAAAUGCAAAUCUAAAAUAGAGGCUUUUUUGAAAGGCUUGCUCAGCUUUAAAAGUAAAAGAACACUAUCCAGCUACAGUAUGAAUAUUACAUCUUUUAUAACAAACUUUCUGCUUUUUACAAACAUUUAUGAAACAAAACAACUUUAGUUUUAAAGUAGAAGUCAAGAUAUUGACGUUAUAUACGUUUCUCGAAGUCAAACUGGAAAUUAUUGAAAACUUCAGAGCUGUCCUACUACACUUGACUCAUUGAGGUGGAACAUGAAAUUUGUAUUACAAACAGAGCUAUUAUAAAUACUUUUCUUUCAAUUAAUAUUAUCGUAUCACCUGUAGCAAAUAGGACACUUAUUCCAGAAAGGCUUUUACAGUGGACAGGGAACUAAAGACUUGGUAGCCUUAGAGAAAUGAGAAUUUAUAAUAAAGUACUGGAUUAAUGGGUAUCUAGCUGAGUGCAAUUUGCUCUGGUAACACUGGGCAUGCCUUCUGUAAAAGUCAUGAUGUUUUUGCUUUGCAAAUAUCUUGGAGUUCUCUGAGGGAAUCAUGAAGUAUGUGAAAAAGGGAGAUCCUGGUCCAAAUAGCCCACAAAAAUUUCUAAAGGCUUUUAAGGAAAUUAAGCUUCCACAGAUUAGGAGACAACAGCAUGAACAAGAAUAAAAUAAAAUGUAAGAAAC